AUGAAGCGUGAUGCUUCGUCCAUGCUAUUGUAUGGCACUUUUAAGGAGAUGCAUGCGGACAGAGAGGUGUCCACGGACAAGAGGGAUGAGAGGAGGCGCCGGGAGAAAGAAGAGGACAGGAAGAAAUUCUUUGAUGUCCAGCAGAAGAAGCUUGAGAUUGAAGAGGUCAAGGCCAAGACCAAAGCUAAAGAACUUGAGCUCAAAGAGAGAGAACUUGAGCUCAUAGCAAUGGCAAGGGCCAAAGAGGUGGAGGUGAAGGCGAAGGAAGUUGAGCUCAAACGCCAAGCCGAGGACAACCUCAUCAUGAAUGCCGACUUGACCAACAUGAGCGAGGCAAAGAGAGCUUGGUUCGAGAAGAGACAGAAGGAGAUCCUCGAGCGCCCAAAUUGA